GUCAUCUGACUAUGUGGAAUUGAACAGUGUAAGCCUGUUGGUGCCUGGCACCUGGUGAGGCUCAGUGAGUCCCUGCUGCUGAUGAAGUCCCAUGUCUUUCUGAGUCUUGCUUCUGGAAAGCUACAGAGUCACAAAGAGUGGGGCCCUGAUCCAGGAUGGCCCCAGCCCUUUUCUCUGAUUUUGUCCACUCCCAGCUCGUGACUUUCCUCUCUGGGCACAUGGGGGUCUCAAAGAAUUUCAGAGCUCCUGAUUCUGAGGGGUGGAAAGCAGAGGGGGCUUUCUUGUGGUUCCUUUUUCUUCUCUUAGAUCUGCCUUCUGGAAACUGCACCCACCCUGGGGAGAAGAGCCCAGAAAAAGGACAUGGCUCCUGAGCAAAGGGAAGCAAGGUCCCAGGAGGACUCCCAUUUAUCAAACCAAAGGUGAUCUCCCUGUUGCAGGAGGGAGAAGAUCCCUGGAAGGUAGAGAAAGAAAACCCUGGAGGCACCUCUCUUGCAUGGAAGAGCCAUCAUAAGACCACAAAGUCAACUCAAACACAAGACUCUUCAUUUCAGAGAUUGAUAAUGAACAGAUCCAGAAGGAAUGGACUUGGACCCUUGGACUUGAAAUCAGAAAAAUCUUGCAUAUAUGAAGGCAAAUUAGAGGAAAAACAGGAUAAAAAGGAAAUUUUUCAGAUAGUUUCAGUCACCCACAAAAAAACCUUAAUUGUAGAAAGAAGCCAUAAAAAUGUUGAAUUUAGCCAGAACUUCAACCCAAAGUCAGUAGUUGUUAGGCAACAGAUAGUUCCCAGAGAGAAACCACCACCAAAAUGUGAAAAAAAAGGAAACACUUUGAAACAUAAUUCAAAUUUACCUAAUCAGCCAAAAAUGACAGCAGAUAAACGCUAUCAAUGUAGUAUGUGUGAGAAGACCUUCAUUAAUACUUCAUCCCUUCGUAAACAUGAGAAAAAUCAUAGUGGAGAGAAAUUAUUUAAAUGUAAAGAAUGUUCCAAAGCCUUUAGCCAAAGUUCAGCUCUUAUUCAACAUCAAAUAACUCAUACCGGAGAGAAACCUUACAUAUGUAAAGAAUGUGGGAAAGCCUUCACUCUCAGUACAUCCCUGUAUAAGCAUCUAAGAACCCACAUUGUGGAGAAAUCCUAUAGAUGUAAGGAAUGUGGUAAGUCCUUCAGCCGAAGGUCAGGGCUUUUUAUACAUCAGAAAAUCCAUGCUGGAGAAAACCCUUAUAAAUAUAAUCCAGGUAGGAAAGCAUCUGGUUGCAACACAUCCCUUCCUGGUCAAAGAGUUCAUCCCAGAAAGAAGUCCUAUUUGUGUAAUGAAUGUGGCAACACCUUUAAAUCUAGUUCAUCCCUUCGUUAUCAUCAGAGAAUUCACACCGGAGAGAAACCUUUCAAAUGUGGUGAAUGUGGGAGAGCCUUUAGUCAGAGUGCAUCACUUAUUCAACAUGAACGAAUUCACACUGGUGAAAAGCCCUAUCGAUGUAAUGAAUGUGGAAAAGGCUUCACUUCUAUUUCACGACUCAAUAGACAUCGAAUAAUUCAUACUGGUGAGAAGUUUUAUAAUUGUAAUGAAUGUGGCAAGGCCUUAAGUUCCCAUUCAACUCUUAUCAUUCAUGAGAGAAUUCACACCGGAGAGAAACCAUGUAAAUGUAAAGUGUGUGGGAAAGCCUUCAGGCAGAGUUCAGCUCUCAUUCAGCAUCAGAGAAUGCACACUGGAGAAAGACCCUACAAAUGCAAUGAGUGUGGGAAAACAUUCAGGUGUAACUCAUCCCUUAGUAAUCAUCAGAGAAUCCAUACUGGAGAGAAACCCUAUCGAUGUGGGGAAUGUGGGAUGUCAUUUGGCCAAAGUUCAGCCCUUAUUCAACAUCGAAGGAUUCAUACAGGAGAGAAACCCUUUAAAUGUAAUACUUGUGGGAAAACUUUUAGACAAAGCUCCUCACGUAUUGCACACCAGAGAAUUCAUACAGGGGAGAAACCCUAUGAGUGCAACACAUGUGGGAAACUUUUCAACCACAGGUCAUCCCUUACUAAUCACUAUAAAAUCCAUAUGGAAGAAGAACCCUAGAAAGUAGAUUUGCAUGUGUAAAAGCCUUAAACCAAAGCUCAUCAGAGAACACAUACUUCAAGAGUGAUGUAAUAGAUAUUGAAAAAGCCUAUAAUCAUUUAGUGCCCAUUAGCUAUCAAAUCCCAUGGACAAUCUUGAUUAUGUAAUAGCUAAAAGGAAAGCAUUCAUGCCUGUCACUUUUUAAAAUAACCUGAGAAUUCAUAAGUGGAGACACUAACUUUGGGCAUUUGUAAAAUAAAAGGUGUUUGAUUUUCCUCUUUCCUACAGCAGUGUAGUCUAGCUAUCACAUGUGAUCAUCAUAAACAUCAAGUGGGUAGGGAUUUCUCUGGUUUUCUCAUAAAAACACCAAACUCUACACUGGUGAUAUUUUUUAUAACAUUUUAGUAGCAUAUGAGUGAAUGAAUCAAAGAAAUUAUACAUUUUUAAUGAAAAGGACCAAAAUAAAAGAUUAAAAUAAACUGUAAACUACCUCUCA